GGCUACUUGUCGAAAUGCACAUUGCUGUGAUGUAUUCAGGUUCUGCUGCAUUUUUUAGCCACCUCUUAAUUGGACAAGAGCGUCGGAGAGCCUCAUACUCUUUUCAAGCUUUACCCCGCGAUAAGACGCAAGCUCGACCAGCAUGUCUCCAAAACAGACUUUGACAGAAUGGAACACUGGCCUCCUUGAUUGCUGUCAAGACAAAGGCUCUUGCUGCUACGGUUUCUUUUGCUGCCCUUGUCUGGCCUGCUCAGUUGCGGGAAAAUUUGGAGAGAACCGAUGUCUCCCACUGUGUGACAUAUUCAGCCCUGCUAUCUUGACAGCUUUUGGGAUUCCCCUGUUUGCACCUCCUGCAGCUUUGUCUCUCAGAGUGGGCAUUCGCAAUAGAUAUGGUGUCAAGGGCUCCAUGUGUAAAGACAUCCUGUCCUCGUGUUUCUGCAUGUGGUGCACCUGGUGUCAAAUGCACCGUGAACUGAAGUUUCGCAAGAAAAAUCCCACCGUCAUCAAUAUGCAACCUGCACCGCUCUAAUAGUUUCUUGAACCCUACCAAAUGCAGUCAUUUCCUAUUUAGUUUGUUUUAAUGGCUUCUGUGACGAGGUUGCGGCUGAAGACUACACGGAGGAGCAUUAUGGUUACAUUAACCAGGUGAGAAAAAUUAUUGACAAAAAAUAAAUAAAUCCUUCACCACAGUGGGGACAAUGAUGUCAUAUCAUUCAGAGCCACAGUGGAAUCCUCUUGUUCUUUAAAAAUACCUUGACGACGCUGGCGUUCAGGUCUUAAAUCAACAGUCUUGAAUCAAUUAUUGUCCAGUUGGUGCCUGGGCUCUGAAAUCUGUCAGUAAAAACAUUUUAACUUUGCUAAAGUAAUAACUUACAAAGUACAAACAAGCACCAGGACAUUUGCUGUGAUAAAUUUAGCUGUAGUUCUACACUUAAGAGACCACACUCAAGGUUUCUGAUAAUAAUCAAUAGCAAGAUUUGGUAGCUGUUGUAAUAUUGGGGCAUUACUUGAUGCAGCAUUUCAUACUGUUACUCACAAUAUCAGGACAAAUAAUACUUGCUUGGUCUUCCUGUCAUGAUUCUGCAAUUAAAAAUAAUAAUAAGAAUAAUGUUUUUAAUAAAUCAAAGUCUUUCUUCACCACAUGGGGAGUUCAGCAAGGCUUGGUUAUCUGGAACUGAUUUUUAUUUUUUCAGCUAAUGGCCAUUUCUAAUUUUAUUGUUUGACUGCAUAUGUAUUCAACCAUAAUUAUGCAUAUUGGAAGUCAAAAGACCAACUCCAACCACAAUAAAAACUAAGAUGGAACCUACUGGUUCAAUGUAAAGCA